CGAACUCAAGAGUAUUUAAGGGACAUCUACAUGAUGUCUUCCCAGAAAACAAUUCCGUUUUCAUACCCUGACCUCUCUUCCGAAUUUCAGGAUGAGAGCAAUGUGGUUUUUACCCGCUUCGCUCUUUUAUGUGCUUCUGUUUUUCUCGUUAUCUGUUUAUUCGGAAACGUUUCCCCCUUCACAGAGCCUUCGUUCUCGGAAAACUAAUUCCUAUUCCACGUCUACGGUUACGCUUGCAACUGCAUCUGACCUCGGAAUAUUACGCCAGGGGCGUAUAGAUGCUAUCAUCGGCUCUCAGAAAAAUGUCCAUAUUCCAUUGUGGCUCUCGUUGCUCGGAGAAGAUGGGAAGUUCUCUGACGUCAACUAUGCUACUGGAUGUGCUGCACAACGUGCAAAUUGGCCCGCCCAAGACCAUUGGACCCGCUUAGUUAGCAUGGCAAGCGCCUGGCACGGUGGCCUCCCAAACACAGACGAAUAUGUCAGAAACGCGACUCUUGCUUCCAUCAUCUCUAUAUCUAUGAACUGGUGGUUCAAUCGCGACUUUCAGAAUCCGGCCUGCUUGACUGAGGGUGGAACAUCGUCUUGUCCAUGCGAUUCCAAUGAUCAGACCCUGUGGAACACUAACUGGUUUAGCAAUGUCAUUGGAACGCCGAUGCAGGUUGCAGCGACGUGUUUAUUGAUGGAGGACGCUUUGGCACCCUCCCAGAUUAGCAAUUGCACUCAUAUGACCGCUCGUUCAUAUGGCACAUUCCAGGGAGACUUCAGCUUUCUGGCAGGAGCCAAUAUUCUUGACAUUGCUAAAAUUGGCAUCGAUAAUGGGGUCCUCAACCAAGAUGUUAGCUUGAUUACGGACGCAUACCAAAGAAUACACAACGAAGUACAGAUUCAACCUGGUAUAAGGGUUGACGGCAUCAAAGCUGAUGGUAGUUUUGGACAACACACCGGUUUACUUUACAACGGAAACUACGGAAAAGACUAUACCAAUGAUGUCCUUGACCUGGAAGUCGCUGCUGCUGGAACUCAGUUUGCAGCGAAUGCGACUUCCAAGAGUGCCAUGGAACUGCUUGUUGACGGCGAUUCAUGGAUGAUCUAUCGCAAUACACAGACAGGGACUUUACAUUGGGACUUCUCAGCACUUGGGCGAUUCAUUAGCUUUCCCGUCGUGGAUUCUCAAGCGACUGCAAGCAUCAAUCUCAACCUUACCAAAAUCGGUCAACUGGGAGAGCAAUGGCAAUCUGAUACCCUGACACACUUUUCACAAUUAUCUCAAAAUACCUCAGGUGUCAAUGCUGGGCAGCUCGUUGGAAAUAGACAUUUUUACGCCAAUGAUUAUAUUGUACACAGAGGAAGUAAUUAUGUCUCGACGGUGAAGAUGUUCUCAAAGCGGACCACGAACACCGAGUGUACGAACUCGCAGAAUCCUCUGGGUUUCCACUUGGCGGAUGGUGCUCAGUACAACUACAUUGUUGGUGACGAGUACGAAGACAUAGCUGCUUCAUGGGACUGGAAUCUUAUUCCAGGAAUCACGACCGAUUACGCGGCCACACCUCUCAAUUGCGGAAAAGCUGGGGCUCAUGGCAUAGAAAGUUUCGUUGGCGGGGCCUCCACUGGUACAACUGGUCUCGCUGCAAUGCGCUACACCAACCCUAAUACCAAAUCGCUACACUUCCAGAAGGCAUGGUUCUUCCUAGGUGAUAACGUGCAAUAUGUCAUGGUUUCGAACAUAAGUUCGACCACAACGGCUGAUGUGUAUUCUGUUCUCGACCAAAGGCGUCAUACUGGUCCCAUAUUGGUCGACGCCGAAGAAGUCAGGUUGGAGGAGAAUAAAGUAACCAAUUUCACCAACGUCAGCACGUUAUGGCACGGCGGGGUCGGUUACAGCUUCGAGACCAAUGAUGCGGCCACAUUGUCCUUAAAUGUUGGACCGAAGACGGGGAACUGGUCUGGUAUUGGCAUCUCCACACAGCCUCCUACGACCGUCGAUCUAUACGCUGCAUGGCUUCACCACAAAACGAUAGCCUCCUCGAUCGCGUAUUCUACAUUCCCCGGAACAGCAAGCGUGGAUGAAUUUAUGCAGAGAAAAAACACUGCACAGCUGCAUGCCGUCCAGAAUGACGGAACCGUAUCAGCUUUAUUUGAUAAGUCAUCGCAGACUAUCAUGGUUGUGUACUGGGCAACAAAUGGUGGUUGUGUUGUCGUGAGCGACGCGGCUGUCACCAUUUGUUCGAGCUCCAACGCUGCUGUCAUUUAUGAUAUCGACAGUAAUGCCGUUGUUGUUUCGGAUCCUUCGCAGACUCUGUCCUCGGUGGACCUCAAGCUCACGACUUCUAAGGGUGUUAUGGCAAUCUCUGUCACUCUUCCAACGGGGGGAGAAGCAGGGAAGAGCACAUCUCAGAUAGUUGUAUAG